AUGCUGUGCAGAUUAAAAUCGAGACCUCAGGUCAUCAAGGCCAACCCCUUACCGUACUGGGUUGUCUUCUCAGGCAUCCAGCCCACCGGCGUCCCACACCUGGGCAACUAUCUCGGCGCUCUUAGGGAAUGGGUCAGGCUGCAGGACGGCGCGGGGCCCGACACAACGCUGCUGUACUCGGUCGUCGACCUGCACGCCAUCACCGUACCGCAGCGCGCCGCGGAGCUGAGGCGGCAGAGGAGGGAGAUGCUUGCCGCGCUGGUGGCUGUGGGGCUGGAUCCUGAGAGGAGCGCAAUCUUCUAUCAGAGCUCGGUACCGGCACAUACAGAGCUUAUGUGGAUCUUGAGCUGUACGGCCUCAAUGGGUUACUUGUCGAGGAUGACGCAAUGGAAGAGCAAGCUUUCCCUAUCCGAAGACGCCAGCGCACUGGAUGAGAAGGCCAAGGCGGCGCUGAAGCUGGGUCUUUUUUCAUAUCCCGUUCUACAGGCGGCGGAUAUCAUGGUGCAUCGGGCUACUCACGUCCCUGUCGGUGAAGACCAGAAACAACACAUCGAGUUUGCGCGCGAGUGCGCCACCAACUUUAAUGCAACCUACGGAAGUGCGGUUCUCGUCCCUCCUGAGACGAUUCUGUCCCCCGCCCGCCGCGUCAUGUCCCUCACCCAGCCCACAUCCAAAAUGUCCAAAUCAGACACCAACCCGUCGUCACGGGUUCUCCUCACAGACACGCCCGAGCAGAUCAAGAACAAGAUCAUGCGCGCCCUGACCGACUCACUCACUGAUCACAUCGCCCACGACCCCGAGCAGAGGCCUGGCGUGUCCAAUCUGCUCGAGAUCCUGACCAUUCUCGAGGGCAACGAAACCAGGACGCCCGCCCAGAUGGCGCAGGACUUUGACGGCGUGCAGCAUCCGCUCAAAUCGCUGAAGCAGCGGACCGUAGAUGCCGUGGUGCGGGAGAUGGGCGAUGUAAGGGAAAGAUAUCGGGAACUGCUGGGCAAGAGGGACGGUGCUUGGUUGGACGAGAUUGAGGCCGUGGGUGCAGAGAAGGCAAGGGCGAACGCCGAUGUCACAAUGCGGCUUGUGAAGGAGGCUGUUGGGUUCUAG